AUCAUCAAAACAUAAAUCAAAUUAACAAUAAUCAAUCCUCUCUUUCUUUUCCAUCUCUCUUGCGAAACGAUAUCACACAACAUAUCGUUUCUUAGAGAGAACACGAAAGAAAGAGAGGAAAAGACAAAAAAAAAAAGAAAAAAAAAGAAAUAUGAGAGAAAUCGUGAGCAUACAUGUCGGACAAGCAGGAAUUCAAGUCGGGAAUUCAUGUUGGGAGCUUUAUUGCCUCGAACAUGGCAUUCAAUCUAAUGGUUAUAUGCCUACAAAUGUUACCUCAUCAAGCGAAGAGGGCAACUCCUUUGGCACCUUCUUCAGUGAAGGGAUCACCGGGAAGUAUGUCCCAAGAGCGGUAUUUGUCGAUCUUGAACCAACAGUCGUUGAUGAAGUAAGAAACGGAAGCUACAAGAAGCUAUUCAAUCCCAAAAAUCUCAUAUCCUGUAAGGAGGAUGCCGCCAAUAACUUCGCCAGAGGACAUUACACCGUCGGGAAAGAAGUAGUGGAUCAGUGUGUAGAUCGGGUGAGAAUCUUAGCAGACAAUUGCAGUAAUUUGCAAGGGUUUAUGAUCUUCAACUCUGUGGGUGGUGGAACUGGCUCUGGUUUGGGGUCAUUGCUCUUACAACGUUUGUCUAACGAAUAUGGAAAAACUCAGAAAAUUGGGUUCACAAUCUAUCCAUCUCCCAAGGUUUCGACUUCAGUUGUGGAGCCUUACAAUGCUGUGUUAUCGACUCAUUCAUUGAUUGAGCAUACAGACAUUGUCGUGCAAUUAGACAACGAGGCGAUAUAUGGGAUCUGUAAGAGAGGGUUGGAUAUGGAAAAGCCAACUUACAGGAACUUGAAUCGAUUGAUAUCUCAAACGAUUUCAUCUUUAACAACUUCCUUGAGGUUUCCUGGAUCGAUGAACGUUGACAUUUCCGAAUUCCAAACGAAUUUAGUCCCAUUCCCACGGAUUCACUUCAUGCUUUCAUCAUACGCACCAGUCAUUUCAUCAGUGAAAGCCUACCACGAGCUGAUUUCAGUUCCUGAAAUCACAAACGCCGUAUUUGACCCGUCGAACAUGAUGGCGAAGUGCGAUCCACGGCGAGGGAAAUACAUGGCUUGUUGCUUAAUGUACCGCGGAGACAUUGCACCGAAAGACGUUAACACGGCGGUCGGAGCUAUCAAAACCAAAAAAACGAUUCGAUUCGUCGAUUGGUGUCCGACGGGAUUCAAGUGCGGGAUCAACAACCAGGCUCCGUCGGUGGUGCCUGGCGGAGAUCUGGCGAAGGUGAAACGAGCAGUGAGUAUGAUCAGCAACAACACGGCGGUGUCAGAGGUUUUCAGUAUGAUCAAUCAUAAAUUCGAUGUUAUGUUCGCGAAACGAGCGUUCGUGCAUUGGUAUGUCGGCGAAGGGAUGGAAGAAGGCGAGUUCUCGGAGGCGCGUGAAGAUCUUGCAGCUCUAGAGAAAGAUUACGAGGAAGUGUUGCAAGAUGGCAUGGAAGAAGAUGAGGACCAAGGAUACGAGUACUAAUUUCCAUGGCGGAAAAUCUCAUGUAAAUGACUAAUAUGUCCUUGCAUAUGAACGUCAACAAUAUAUACCUGCUCAAAGAUGACAUUAUGUAACCUCUAUAUUUCUUUAUAUUAAUU